UUGGGUGCUUGACUAAUGCAUGUGAGUCUAUUUGGUGAUUGUUUUGGUAGUUGAGAAGUUAAUUGAUCCUAAAACUCAAAAUACAACAUUACUCUGCAAAUCGUGUGAUUGAAAUUCUGGAAUCGGCCCUGUUUUUGACUUCUUACACACCCUGUCAUUCAAGCAGUACAACCUUUAGGCCAUCAGGGAAGAAAUUAGAAGAGAAGAGUAUGUCUCAAUGAUGCUUUUGAAUCAAAAGUUUUGAUGAUUCAUUUUAUCAUCAAUGAUGUCAGUUGAAUUCUUGCUCCAAAUAGUUGUCCUGGAUAUGCAUGAACGAAAUUAUCAUUCUUAAUUUGGUGGUAAUCAUUGCUACUUUUAAAUUCAGCUGUGUAUAACUAAUUAGCAUGUCUUUCUCCUCGUUCUAGCUAGCGCUCUAAUAGCUGUGUCUUUUUCUUGGCAGGGACUACAAGCAUGUCAAUGAUAAACACUAGAUUACCCAAUUGGAAAGGACCAGGAAGAGUUAUCUGGAACCCCAACCUCUCAUCAGGGUUCUCGGUGCACUCAGCCUAUGAGAAGUUGGGCGAAACUAUUCUUCCGGGUGAAGAUGGCUUCCCCUGCAAGUCGGUGUGGAGACAUGUAAUUCCGAGCAAAAUCUGUGUGUUUAUGUGGUUAAUAUACCAUGGCAGAAUCCUUACAAUCGACAAUUUGAAGAGAAAAGGAUUCCAGCUUGCAAAUAGAUGUAUGCUGUGCAAAGAAGGAGAAGAAACGAUCAAUCAUCUGUUCAUAUUCUGCAGUUUCUCAUCUGAAGUUUGGCGCAUCCUCCGGACAUUCAUACCAAUCGCAAGAGGGGCAGAAAGAGAUGAUGACAUGAAAGACAGAAUAAGAAGAUGGGCGCACAGCAAACCAAACAGCCCGCCCCAAUGGUGCUCAUUUGCCUUCCUACAUGCAUUUUGCUGGAACAUCUGGUACGAGAGAAAUUCAAGGACAUUUAAAGACAGUGAAACGACGAUUCGAGUUGUAGCUUACAGGAUUGGACGCGUGAUAACACAUUGGCUGUCCGCAGCCCGAGUAGUUGACAGAAGAGUAGCUGAGAGCUGGCUCUACGAGAUGAAGACUCGGUUGACUCCCCCCAGAUCAGGUCAACAUGGAAAUCAAGAUCAACAGCUUCUCGACGAUCAGAGCUUGAUACACAGACCAUCUAGAUGAGCGCAACGGGUCUCCGUGGCCAGGGGAGAUCAUGGCUGCUUCAGCAAUUUUGGUGAAAUAUGAGAGAGUUCUUGAGCUUCUGACAACAAUAUAAAUGUUCAGUGUAGUGUUAAGUUUUUGAACCUUUGCAAGCAGGUCAGAUGUAUAACUUUCUUCUGCAGGGAAGAGAGUUGUGAAGCCGUCAAAGAUGACGUCAAAGGGCCUGCCUGCCGGAAUGUUAAUUGCUGUCUGGGGGUGGUUGAGAAAGAUGGAGUUAUUUUUGCAAGUGGAAGCAGCCACUGGGGUUACUUUUUUCCGAAUUAUGUGUGUUCGAUCGUAAUUUAAACUACGUACUCUGAAAGAUAGAUAUUAUAAUACAAUAAUAGUUACAUAUGACAAGAUGACCAAUGUU